UAAAACGCUGUAUCAUAACGUACAUUCCCAUUAUUUUACGCUUAUAUUUAAAUAUUUGAGGUGUGGGCCAAUAAUAAUCUUCCAACAAGUGAUUGACAUUUAUAUUACAAUUAAUUUCAGAAGUAAACCAAUAACUGAGAAGGUGGGCGGGGCCAGAGUUCACUGACAUAUAAAAGCUAGCGAAUUAAUUUCAAAAAACAAUAUCGGCAUCGGCAGACGUUGAGAUUUCUGUGCAUCCAAAUCUGAAGAAAAUAUAAACUGAAAUUAUCAAUUUUCUUUCUACUAUAUAUAUAUAACUAUAUACGAAGGCUUUUCGUAUCUACAUCGUAUUUACAUUAAACCUCUUUAAAAUAUUCCUGUAAAAUGCGCGAGUGUAUCUCCAUUCAUGUGGGCCAGGCGGGAGUUCAGAUCGGUAACGCUUGCUGGGAGCUGUACUGUCUCGAGCACGGCAUACAGGCGGACGGGCACAUGCCCAGCGACCAGACCACCUCAGGCGGAGAUGAAUCCUUCAACACCUUCUUCAGCGAGACCGGCGCCGGGAAACAUGUUCCCAGAGCCGUGUUUGUGGACCUCGAACCCACCGUCGUUGAUGAGGUUCGAACUGGAACAUACAGACAGCUGUUUCACCCAGAGCAGCUGAUAACUGGGAAGGAGGACGCUGCAAACAAUUACGCAAGAGGCCAUUACACCAUUGGCAAGGAAAUCGUAGACCUGGUACUUGACCGCGUUCGCAAACUGUGUGAUCAGUGCACUGGACUACAAGGAUUCCUCAUCUUCCACAGCUUUGGCGGUGGAACUGGAUCGGGUUUUGCUUCACUGCUGAUGGAGAGGUUGUCCGUUGACUAUGGCAAGAAAGCCAAGCUUGAGUUUGCUGUUUACCCUGCGCCUCAGGUUUCCACCGCAGUGGUAGAGCCCUACAAUUCCAUUCUGACCACACACACCACCCUCGAGCACUCAGACUGCGCUUUCAUGGUGGACAACGAGGCCAUCUAUGAUAUCUGCCGCCGUAACCUGGACAUAGAGCGCCCCACAUACACCAACCUCAACCGCCUCAUCGGCCAGAUCGUGUCAUCGAUCACUGCUUCCCUGCGGUUCGACGGAGCUCUCAAUGUCGACCUGACAGAGUUCCAAACCAACCUGGUGCCGUACCCUCGCAUCCACUUUCCUCUGGUCACAUACGCCCCGGUGAUCUCCGCCGAGAAGGCGUACCACGAGCAGCUGUCCGUCGUGGAAAUCACCAACGCUUGCUUUGAGCCGGCCAAUCAGAUGGUGAAGUGUGACCCCCGGCACGGGAAGUACAUGGCUUGCUGUAUGCUGUACCGUGGAGAUGUGGUUCCAAAGGAUGUCAAUGCUGCCAUUGGAAGCAUAAAGACCAAGAGGACCAUUCAGUUUGUUGACUGGUGUCCCACAGGGUUCAAGGUCGGUAUCAACUACCAGCCGCCAACUGUAGUUCCAGGAGGUGAUCUGGCCAAAGUUCAAAGGGCAGUCUGUAUGUUGAGCAACACCACAGCCAUCGCCGAGGCCUGGGCCCGUCUGGAUCACAAGUUUGAUCUAAUGUAUGCGAAGAGAGCCUUCGUGCACUGGUACGUUGGAGAAGGUAUGGAGGAGGGCGAGUUUGCGGAGGCCCGUGAAGAUUUAGCCGCUCUCGAGAAAGAUUAUGAAGAGGUGGGAGUCGACACUCCCGACGGUGAAGGCGAGGAGGGAGAGGAAUAAAUGUGAUUUUACUCUUAAAUGUUCUGAAUAUAGCAAUAAAUGUUGACAUUUGA